UCCUCCACCAAUCGCCAUGGCUUCUCGUCUUCUCCUCUCCUUCCUCCUCUUCCUCCUCCUCUCCCUCACAGCCGCCCACAAACACAACCUAAAACAAAAAUACAGCCACCUCCACUUCUACUUCCACGACAGCAUCACCGGCCGCAACGCCACCGCUGUUCCAGUCACAAAACUCGCCGCCGGAGCCCAUCCUCAGUCGUACUUCGGCAUAAUAGCCAUAAUGGACGACCCGCUCACCGAAGGCCCGGAGCUGAACUCCACCCUCCUGGGCCGUGCCCAAGGCCUGUACGCCGCGACGGGCCAGGAGGAGGUGAGCCUGCUCAUGACCAUGAACCUGGCCUUCACGGCGGGGAAGUACAACGGCAGCGUUCUCUCCGUGCUGGGCCGCAACCAGCCCCUCCACCCUGUGAGGGAAAUGCCGAUUGUCGGCGGCACCGGGCUUUUUCGCUUCGCGAGAGGGUAUGUGCUGGCAAGGACUCAUUGCCUUGAUCUCGACACGCUGGAUGCCACCGUGGAGUAUGAUGUCCACGUCAUACAUUACGGAAAAAUACUAGACGUUUGACUCACGCGUUGAUCCCUUGUGCCCAUAGAAUAAGCUUAUUAGUAAAAAUUGCUGUUUUUAUUUUCAUUUAUAUUUCGAUUGGAGAAUAAUAUGGUUAAA